AUGCGUCUUCACGUUAUUCUCGCUGCGCUGGUAGGACCAAGCUGCGUGGAGAGCUUUGCGGUGCUGUGCACAGCGCCGAGUAGCAGUACAUCUCCCGUUUCGACCUCUCUACGAUGUCGAAGCACUCGGACGAUGAUGACGUUGCCCACAGCGGGGGACUUGAAUAGGGCGUUGGGCGCAGUGCUGGUCGGCGGGGCUUUGAUAACGGGAGCUAUGGACGUGGCUAGGGCAGACGUGUCCAUCAGCCCGAGAUGCAUCACGGGCGAGGGUGCGCAAUGCGAGGACUUGGCGGAGGGGAACGAGCUCAUCAAGUCUCUGCAGGCCAAGUCGGCGAUCUCCAAGGACCGUUACUUCCAGGAGACCCUUGACACCUACAACGUCCACAAUUUUAAAGAUUACUUCAAAGCGGAGAGCAAGCACAUGGUGAAACACAACACCGGGAAAUACGAGAUCCUGACGAACGCAGAGUACGCUGCCGCUGAAAAGGCGGGCAAGGUCAGGAACGACGUCUUCCUCGGGGAGGACUGAUGGCGCCGCCGCCCGCUCACGCCUCCAUACCUGGAAUUGAGACCUGCUGCUGCUCUGCUGCGUUUGUUCCGGCCGCUUCGCAAACUUCUACUGUUGGUGGUGGUACCCUGUAUAUGACGUACCUCUGAGUCGAGUCGAGCCUCGUUUGGGCGAUCCUAUACUCUCUGACAACUCCCAGUUUUCGGCAAACGCAUGGAGUAGUUUUCCUUAGGCCUUGCGCGGAUUCGAUUCCCCCACACGUAGAACGGGAUGCUGGCCGCACGUAUGCCUGCAUAGCUACUCCCAGGGGGGUUGUAGGAUAAGGGUUCCUAUCGAACUUCUUGUUCGUAAGAGGCAGGAGGGUCGCAAGGUACCAGGCGUCGCGCGGCGUACCACGGCUCUUUUAUUUCUUUUCUUUUUUUUGUCUUCACUUUAAAUCAACGCUCACAGCACUUGUGCUGUUUACUCC